CUUCUUUCGCCUCGAAUUUGCCUGGCCCUGUCCUCUUCGUGCUUAUGCAGACGGCUUUUCGAAUACCACGGUCUCGCCCUGCCCUGUCCCGGCUGCAGUUUUCUGCCCUGCCCACCUCUGCUUCCCCACUAGCCUUGGAUCGCCAUCCUCUCUUCGCACUCUUGCCCACUCUCUCUCAUUACAAUUUCAGCCCAGCUGGCACCUCAAUCUAGCCAUGGCUUACUCUCCUGCCCCGGCAUCACCUGUCCAUGGCAGCGGGGCACCCAUGUUGUCCAAUAGCUUACAAUCUAGAGGCCGUUCCACCAGUCCCCCGACCAGCGUGCCGCUGUCGAAACGGGACAAGCGACGCAGCGCGCUCCAGGAGCGCCUCCAUGACCUCACGGCCUCGUUCAGCCAGAACAGAGAUACCCAGUUUCGGCAGCAAUUGCAUGCCCUCCAAUGCGACAUGACCCUUAUCAACAAUGCUGAUCCGUACGAGCCUGGCCCCCUCCCCGACUCGGCCGAUGACAUCGCUCACCUGAUUGAAAACACCGUCGGCGGGGGCAAGUUCGCCAAGGAGAUGGCGAGUUUGGCGGGCAUGUGGUAUUCGCGGUUCGUGCAAGAGGUCAACCACAUUAAAGCAGAUAAGGACGCGGAUUUGGCCAUGUUGGUGCACCGUCACAACAACAACCUGGAACGGUUCAAGCGCGAGUAUGCAUUUCGGGUCCACUUUGCGGAGGAAGAAUACGAGUCGCUCUCCAUGACCCUCCGAGAGCGUCUCGUUCAGACCAUUUCGGGCAAGCGGGCUCGUUUGAUGCGAGAAAAAGAGCAGCUGGAUAUUGCUGAUACGAACGCGCUCCUCCUCCACCCCAAUCAGUUUAGCAUUACCAACCCGGCCAGUCCCGGGGGGAUCCACGGAAACCGCAAGACCCGCCACACCCGCCACCGCGUCGAUCUGGAAGAGCUCGGCAGCAACGGGAUCAUGUCGGAGCAUUUCAAUAAGAGGAAGAGAAAGGCGGCCGAUGAGGAUGUGGGGUCGCCCGUGCGCGAUCCUGGCUAUGCCAACCCGGCCGAGCGCGCCAAGGCGCAGGUGGCCCAGCAACAGCAAGCGCCGUCCUACUCCAUCAAUUCUCUCUUCACGGAGAAGGAGCUCGGUGCUCACGCGAAUAAUGCGCACAUUGCGACGGUCCACUUCUUCUCGACGUCGAAGCGUGCGGAUCAGCCGUCCGGGGCGGCGACGAACGGCAACAACACCGACGUCGAUGACGGCUCUGGGGUGGACGGCACGGGUGCCGAGGACAAUGGCACCCCGGCAGCCGACAUGGCUCGAACAGCCAGCCAGAACUUCCACGCCACGCGGUCCACGCGGACGCAUGGCAACCAUGCCUUGAACGCGCUGGCGGAGUUGUCGGACAAGCCCGCGGUGCGCCCCAACCUUCCAUACCACAUCCUGGCCAACUACCACGCGCGUUCAAGCAACAGCGGCGCCCCUCCCCUUCCUCCUCUAAUGAACGAGGAGGUCGACGACGACUGGAUGCGCAUCGACAAGCUGCACAAUAAGCCUGCCGGAUUCGUGGAUCGAUCCUUCGUCCAUGGCCUGGUUCAGACCAUCCCUACAGACGUGGAUGGGGUGCCGGAGAACCCCGAUCAGUAUAGCAUGCUGCAUCCGGACUUUCCCAUUGAAAUGGGCAUGCAUCUAUACCCUCUUAAAAAAGACACGGUCGAGAUAACGAGCAAUGAGCGUUCCAAGAAGACCAAAUAGGGCUAGCCACCUAGCCUUUUGCAAUAUAUCGCGGGCGUUAAGUCUAGCCAGAUGGCUAGUCGGGUAGGUGCAACAGGACCGGUAGCGGGAGUACUUUAAUAAAUACCAUUGACGGGCGUUGGGAUUGAUUGGCCGCCUCGUGGCCUUUGUUUGGAUGGGACGGAGCAAGAAUCUCCGCCCUUUUCUUUUCUUUUUUUCUUUUUUCUUACUAUACUUUUCCUUUCUGUGAUCUCAUCUCAGAAUCUCUGAUUUGACUGUUUGAUUCUCCCCUUUGCUUCGGACUGGACUCCUUGGGAUGGCGUUAGGUUGACUGAUGAUAGAUUUGUGUUCGUGUUGCUUCGUUGGAUAUAUCAUACGCUAGUAUAACGUAGUAGGUAGGUAAGUAGGUAGUAGUAGGUAGGAAAUGGAUUGACUGUACAUGCUUGCACC